AUGAGGGUCAUGGGGCGAGUGGCGGAGUCACAAGAGCCGUUGCUGGUGAAGAUUGGGGUGAGGAGGCUUUUCGGGGUGUCAGGUUCCGAUUCGGAGCUGGUGGUGGAGGCUGGUGGGUUGGUAGUAAUGGAAACUGCAUCUGAUAUCGAUGGUUGCUUGGUAGGUGUUGGUCUUGGUCUAAGAGACAUGUUGGACUGUGGCGGCGGAGGUGGUGGUGUUGGAGGCGGCGAUUGUGGUGGCUUUGAGAAUUGUUAG